GCGGAGUCAGGUCGGCAGCCAUUGAGCGCCAGGGCCCGAGGCGGCGCCUCACCCGCCCCCUCGCAGGAUGCCAGGCGCCCCGCAGCUGGCGAGGUGGGCGCAGCGCGCGGGGCGCGGGGCUGGAGAGGAGCGCGCGCCCGCCUCCGCUCCGCCUCCGUCCGGGGGCGCGGGCACGGUGGCCCCGGCGGAGGAUCGCAGGGGGCAGGGCCGAGACUGCGAGGAGGGGCACCGGGAAAGCGGGAGCGAUAAAAGGAGGCAAGGCUGCCCCACCCCGAGGCAGGCCGGUGGGCAGGCUCUUGCGUCCCUUCCGUCCGGCCUGUGCCGGCGGCGGCGGGGAGGCGCGCAGCCUGCUGCCGGCCCAUGGAGGCUUUCCCUUGGGCGCCACGCUCGCCCCGCCGCGCCCGCGCCCCCGCGCCUAUGGCGCUCGUGCCCAGCGCCCGCUACAUGAGCGCCCCGGGCCCGGUGCACCCGCAGCCCUUCAGCUCCUGGAACGACUACCUGGGGCUUGCCACGCUCAUCACCAGGGCUGGAGACCGCGGUUCCCCGCCCUCCUCGUCCCACUGCUCCUCGCACGAAGAAGGGUCCGGGCCCUUGGCCGUGGGGCCCACGCUGGGGCCGACCGACGACGAGGACGACGACGAUGGCGAUGAGCCGGGGACCCGAGACCGCUACCUGGGCGGCGCGCUGGAACUGCGCGCGCUAGAGCUGUGCGCCGGUACCGCCGAGGCCGGGCUGCUGGAGGAGCGCUUCGCCGAGCUCAACCCGUUCGCAGGGCGCGCCGCCGCGGUGCUGCUGAGCUGCGCGCCCGCCGCCCCCGCCGCCCCCGCAGCCCCCGCGGCAGAGAUGACGCCGCGCGAGGAGCCGGGCCCUGCGUGGGCGGCCGAGCCUCGCCUGCACGCGGCCUCCGGGGCGGCCGCUGCACGUCUGCUGAAACCGGAGCUGCAGGUGUGUGUGUUCUGCCGGAACAACAAGGAGGCGGUGGCGCUCUACACCACACACAUCCUCAAGGGCCCCGACGGCCGAGUGCUGUGCCCGGUCCUGCGCCGCUACACGUGUCCCCUAUGCGGUGCCAGCGGCGACAACGCACACACCAUCAAGUAUUGCCCGCUUUCCAAAGUGCCACCGCCCGCCGCCCGCCCGCCGCCGCGCAGCACCAGGGACAGCCUGCCCAGCAAGAAGAUGCGCUAGAACCAGCCUGAAGCCAUGGUCGCGCCUCCUUUCCCCUGUGGCUCAACUUGGGAAGUGGUCUUGGUUUUGCGGAAGCCGCCGGGGCGCAGCACUUUACAGGAGUGGUCGGGUCUCAGACGUUGAAAUCUUGAAUUUUGUCUCUAGUUUUAAAGCGCGCAUCCAGAACCGUGAGAGCUGAGCGGGUAUGCCAUCGGCUUUAAGUGUGGCGACUGAGGCGUUUACUGUAUACGUCGGCCUAUUUUAGGUGCGCAUCAGUAUGAAAUUGAUUUUGGGUGUUUCGUUUUAUGGAGGCACUUUAUUAGGUCUAGAGUAUUUUCAUAGCCUCUGAACUUUAGUGUGUAUAAUAACUAAGCAUUUUAUGGAAUGUC